ACCAAGUGAGCAUUGGGUAAACGUUCCACUCACUCAAUCGAGAAUAUUGUUAGUCCGCACGGGAGAGUAAUUUGUCGAACUACAGCGGCAGCAGCUGAAGCCACAAUGGAGGAUCUACCGGAUGACGAACGAAAAUGCAUCGAGGAUGCUUUCGCUAUAAUGGACAGAGAGCAAGAUGGUUCCGUCACCGCCAAAGAAUUGGCAAUCGUAAUGCGUGCCCUGGGCCGCGCACCCACCGACAACGAGCUGCAGUCUAUGAUCAAUGAGGUGGAUGCGGAUGGCAACGGCUCCAUCGAGCUGGAGGAGUUCUGCAGCAUGAUUCUACGCAAGAUGCACGACACCAACCACGAGGACGAGCUGCGCGACGCCUUUCGCGUCUUCGACAAGGAGAACAAUGGCUACAUCACCUCUGCGGAACUAAAGGUGGUCCUAACAGCCCUGGGCGAGAAGUUGCCCGACGACGAGAUAGAGGAGAUGAUACGGGAGUAUGACAUUGACCAGGAUGGCCAUCUCGACUUUGAGGAGUUCGUCAACAUGAUGACGUCCCGCUAGCGUCGUCUUUAUGACGAGGCUCUAUCGUUGACAUAUCUGUCACAAAGUUUAGUUUAAGAUUAAUUCAGACUUAUUUACACUUCGACAAACAAAAACGAAACAUAGUAAAAGACAAAAAAAACACACACACAAAGAAUAAACCACACAUUUUGGCAAGCCAGUAAACACAACAACCAACCAA